CAUUGAGGGUUCCUUUUUUUUCUUUUUUUUUUCCAUGAAAACAAAAAUGGGUUCUCCGGGGAAGAAUGGGGUGGAGGAGGAGAAAACAGAAAUGCAGGGGAAGAAAGAGAGGAGUCAUAAUAUUGGCAUAAUCUUCAGAUAUGCUGAUUGGGUUGAUGUUUUGCUUAUGGUGUUGGGUACUAUUGGUGCAAUUGGAGAUGGAAUGUCCACCAACUGCCUGUUGGUUUUCGCCAGCCGCCUCAUGAACAGCUUGGGGAAUGGUCAGACCCAACAAAAUCAUGGCGAUUUCAUGACUGAAGUCGAAAAGUGCAGUUUAUACUUUGUAUACUUGGGACUUGCAGUCCUGCUAGUGGCUUUCAUGGGACUUGCAUUCUCCACUUAUUUUUCAUGGAGAUUGUCUUUAGUAGCCUUCCCAACACUGCUUCUCCUCAUAAUUCCCGGUAUAAUUUAUGGGAAGUACCUUCUAUAUUUAUCCAAGAAAGCUUAUAAAGAAUAUGGGAAAGCAAACACCAUUGUAGAGCAGGCUUUAAGCUCCAUCAAGACCGUCUAUUCCUUCACUGCUGAAUGUAGAAUUAUCGAGAGAUAUUCAGCUGUAUUGGAUGGAAUAACAAGGCUGGGAAUCAAGCAAGGCAUAGCAAAAGGUCUAGCUAUAGGAAGCACAGGACUUUCUUUUGCCAUAUGGGCUUUCCUUGCUUGGUACGGAAGUCGUUUGGUUAUGUACAAGGGAGAGAGUGGAGGAAGGAUAUAUGCUGCUGGCAUCUCCUUUGUAUUGGGCGGACUGUCACUUGGAAUGGCACUUCCAGAUGUCAAGUACUUCACAGAAGCAACUGCUCAAGAGGAACCGAGGAAAGAGGUAAGGAAAAAGUCAUGGCUUGCAGGAAUUGGGAUGGGAUCUGCGCAAUGCCUCACUUUCGUGUCAUGGGCUCUGGAUUUUUGGUUUGGUGGUACCUUGGUUCAAAAGGGAGAGAUCUCCGCUGGAGAUGUGUUCAAAACAUUUUUCAUCUUGGUGAGCACCGGACGGGUCAUAGCAGAAGCAGGGAGCAUGACUUCUGAUCUUGCAAAAGGCUCAACAGCAGUUGCUUCUGUGUUUGAGAUCAUCGACCGACAAUCCUUAAUUCCUGGCUCAUCUCAAGCUGGAGACGGUACUAGUAAUGGAAGAAAGUUAGAGAAAAUAACAGGAAGAAUAGAGAUUAGGAAGGUAGAUUUCUCCUACCCAAGUCGGCCGGAUACCGUUGUGCUCCGGCAGUUCUCCCUGGAGGUGAAGCCUGGGACGAGCAUUGGACUAGUUGGAAAAAGUGGCUGCGGGAAAUCCACUGUGAUCGGAUUAAUUCAAAGAUUCUAUGAUGCUGAGAGUGGAUCAGUUAGGGUAGACGGUGUUGACAUAAGGGAACUUGAUAUUCAAUGGUACAGGAAGCAUACGGCCCUCGUCAGCCAAGAACCUGUGAUAUACUCCGGUUGCAUCCGCGACAACAUUGUCUUUGGAAAGUUUGAUGCCUCUGAAAAUGAAGUGGUGGAGGCUGCUAGGGCUGCAAACGCCCAUGAAUUUAUCUCUGCAUUGAAAGAUGGAUAUGAGACGGAAUGUGGGGAAAGGGGUGUACAAUUAUCAGGAGGGCAAAAGCAGAGGAUUGCAAUUGCCAGGGCCAUAAUUCGGAAUCCGAUAAUAUUGUUGCUGGAUGAGGCAACAAGUGCUCUGGAUUUGCAGUCGGAGCAGGUUGUUCAGGAAGCGUUGGACCGGAUAAUGGUGGGAAGGACGACGGUUGUGGUGGCUCACCGGCUGAACACCAUAAAGAAACUGGACUCAAUAGCAUUUGUGGCGGACGGGAAGGUGGUGGAGCGCGGAACCUAUGCUCAGCUGAAGAACCGGCAAGGCGCAUUCUCCAAACUAGCUAGCCUGCAAACCACAUAACUGGAUUAUUAAUAUAGGUGAAGGGCUGGGAUAGGAAUGAAAUUAACCAGUAAAUGUAUGAUGGUUUUUUUUUUUUUUUAUGGUCCUGUAAAUGUAUAAUGCUAAUAAAUAUAUAGCUUCAUU